AUGAUGGCGACACACCUGGAAAUGCUAGAAGAUAAGGAGAGAAUAGAUGCAUUGCCAAGUGUAAUAUCGAACAAUGAUGAUGAUUCACUUCAAAUUGGUAGAGCCACUUCAAAGUCUGAUGCUGUCACUGGUGCACCUAAUCGAUUGGGUGGCGGUGGCGGAGGUAUAAAGUUCAACAUAUCUACAAAGAUCAUGCCUACUUCUCAAACACCUGUAGUCGUAUCUGUUGUUAAUAAUCGUGACUAUGAUGACGAUGAUCUGAAAUCUACAAACGAGAAACAAUCAACAACAGUGGACUCUACUCCUUUGACAUCAAAGCUGAAACAACAGUCCCCUGUUGUAUCAUCAAUUCAUCCUCCUGUCUCAAUUGGUCCAAUGAAACCUGCUGUCAAACAAAGCAAUGGCAGUGACAGUGACAGUGACAGUGACAGUGACAGCGAUAGUGACAGUAGUGAUGACAACAACAACAAAAACAUUGGACCAAUGGUUGGUCCACCAAGACCACAACAACCUGCAAAGAAGGUCAUUGAUGACAAUGGACAAGAUGAUGGUUCACUAAUGGUUGGACCACCCAGACCACAAGCAAAGAGCAAUAAGGAUGACGAUGAUAGUGACAGCGAUAGUGAUAGCGAUAGCGACAGUGAUAGUGAUGACAGUGAGGAUGAGGAGAAGGAAACUGUUGAAAGAUGGCUGGCACUUGUCAAGACUAUACCAAUAUCACAUGAGGUCGUCAUGAAGAGUCAUUCAAGAGCAGUCACAUCAAUAUCAAUUGAGACAUCAGGUGCUAGGAUGCUCACUGGAAGCUAUGAUUGCAUGGUUCGUUUCUGGGACUUCAAUGGCAUGGACUCCUCACUAAAGUCAUUCAGAGAGAUUGAGCCAGUUGAUGGUGCACAAGUUAGAUCAGUAUCAUUCAAUCCCGCUGGCGAUCGAUUCAUGGUUCUCCCAUGCACAGCUCAAAUGAAGCUCUACGAUAGGGAUGGCUUUGCAAAAUCAGAGUAUGUGGCAGGUGAUAGAUACAUUCAAGACUUGAAUCAUACAAAGGGACAUGUGUCCAUCUUGACAUCAUGUUGUUGGAGUCCAUCGACAAAGGACGAGAUAAUCACAUCUUCAAUCGAUAGUACAAUCAGAAUAUGGGACAUCAACAAUACCAAGAAGAAUCUAUCGGUCAUCAAGUCAAAGGGUGCCAAGGGAAAUAGAGUUGGCGUAACAUGUUGCACGUACGAUGCUCGCGGCGACGUCAUUGCAGGUGGAGCACAAGAUGGAUGUAUAUCAACAUGGGACAAGAGAAAGAACCUUUCGAAACCAACCAUCUCCAUACCAGAGGCGCACAAACUAAACACAGAGAUAUCAAGUGUCCAACUAGCAAGGGAUGGCAUAUCAAUGGUAUCCCGAGGUUUGGAUCACACUCUGCGGUUCUGGGACCUAAGGAACUUGACUGCGCCAGUCGUCGUGUUUGACGAUCUCCAAUGCGACUACCUCGAGCAAAACUGUCUCUUUGGAUCACACGACAGAUUGUUGGUCACAGGCACAUCGUCUUUGGACAAGGGUGGCGAUGGAUCACUGGUGAUCUAUGACAAGGAAACACUUACCAAGAUGAGACAGAUCAGAAUACCAUCGGCCAGCGCGAUCAGCAUCCAGUGGAAUCAAAAGUUGAAUCAGAUCAUGGUCGGAUGCUCCGAUGGACAGGUCAGAGUAUUCUACGAUCCCCUGCUCUCGGAGAAGGGCAUCAAGCUGUGUGCAUCAAAGGCACCAAGGAAGAAGGAUGCCGCAGACUAUGUACCAGAGAAACCUAUCAUCACACCAUUCGCACUGCCCCAAUUCAAACAAACUAAUCCAUACACCAAGAAGGUUAAGAAGCCAAAGGUGGAUCUGAACAAGCCAGACAAGUCAGUGCCAACAGCUGCAGCAUCCAGAGGUCCCAAUCUCACACAGCACUUGGUCAAGAACAUGGGUCUGGUCAACAACACAUCAUGGAUGGAGGAUGCCAGAGAUUCAUUCCUCGCCAAGGCCGAUCCAAAAGACAAGCAACUUGAUCAGGAGCAGCAGGACUCUUCUACCAAGUAA